AUGGCGAAGCAUACUGAGAACUCCUUCACUUUAAAGUCGUUAGAUGAAGGGUUGAUCCAAGAAAGAAAGGUGUUCGAAGACCUAUUUAAUGAAUCAGAGAGAAGAAACCGUACUCUAGGAGUGCGAUUAAUGCGUGUAGCCGAUGACCUACACGCAUUACGGCGAAUUAUGCCAGGAGGCUAUCCUCUCGUAUUUGGUAACAGUGAUAAUAAAAGGCAUUCUGGUCAAUACGAAGCUGAGGGACUACAGAUGUUGGGCAAAAAAACUGAAGACCAGUUGCCUUGGGGUGACAAGGACGAUGUGUCCCUCUCGUUUGGUGACCUGUGGCUAACCACAGUGAAAGGGCGAAAGUGCCUAGUGAUUUGA